GCGAGGCUGAAUGGAGGCAGCCUCUUCCUGGUGGAUAAACAGUGACAGCUACAGGGCAGCCACCUAGACCCAGCACACAAGCUCUGGCGCUGCCCUGGCAAACAACACCCAAAAUGGCUUCAGACAGUACACACAUCGCGCAGUUGACUUCUGAACUGUACUUCCUAAUAGCCCGGUUUCUAGAGGCUGGACCGUGCCAGAAAGCUGCCGAGACCCUGAUAAGGGAGGUGGAGGAGAAGGAGCUGCUACCCAGAAGGCUGGACUGGACAGGGCAGGAGCACCCCGGGACGUACAAAAAUUUGGUGAUGCUCUACAGACACGUCGCUCCGGACCACCUGCUGCAGGUUUGCUCCAGAGUUUGUCCGCUGCUGGAGAGGGAGGUCCCCGCCAGCGUGCCGGGACUCACCAGCCUUCUGGGGGCCGGCAGGCAGAAUCUCCUGCGCACCAGCAAGAGCUGCAAGCAUGUUGUGUGGAAGGGUUCGGCGUUGGCAGCACUACACUGUGGAAGACCCCCAGAGCCACCUAUUAUUUAUGGGAGUCCACCCAAUAUUGUGGAGACGAGCUACAGCCGUCGACUGAACGGCUCCUACCGCCUCCGUCAACUGGUGCCCACAGCGGUGUACCAACACAUGAAGAUGCACAAGAGGAUCCUGGGACACCUGUCGUCAGUGUACUGUGUAACAUUCGACCGGACGGGCCGCCGCAUCUUCACAGGGUCGGAUGACUGCCUCGUGAAGAUCUGGGGAACCGACGACGGCCGUCUGCUGGCGACCCUGCGGGGACAUGCUGCCGAGAUUUCCGAUAUGGCCGUGAGCUACGAGAACACCAUGAUCGCCGCCGGGUCCUGCGACAAGACCAUCAGAGUGUGGUGCUUACAAACCUGCGCUCCUUUGGCUGUCCUGGAGGGGCAUGCAGCCUCCAUCACCUCUCUGCAGUUUUCGCCUCUCUGUAGUGGCUCUAAGCGCUACCUGUCCUCUACCGGAGCAGACGGCACCAUCUGCUUCUGGCAGUGGGAUGCUCGCACACUCAAAUUUGGCCAGAGACCCAGUAAAUUCACGGAGCGGUCCAGACCUGGGGUCCAGAUGAUCUGCUCCUCCUUCAGCGCAGGUGGGAUGUUCCUUGCCACAGGAAGCACUGAUCACAUCAUUAGGGUGUACUACUUUGGGUCAGGUCAACCAGAGAAGAUCUCUGAGCUUGAGUCCCACACGGAUAAAGUUGACAGCAUCCAGUUUUCACACUGCAGUGACAGGUUUGUGAGUGGCAGUAGAGAUGGUACAGCUCGAAUCUGGCAGCUGCAGCCUCAGGGUUGGAAGAGCAUUCUGCUGGAUAUGCAGACCAAACUGCCUGGGAAGUACAAUCCUCCUCCACUGGAAGACAAGGUCACAAAGCUGAAGGUUACCAUGGUGGCGUGGGAUCGCCAUGACAGCACUGUGAUCACGGCAGCCAAUAAUUUGACACUGAAGGUGUGGAACUCCAUCACUGGGAACUUGGUCCAUGUCCUGAUGGGUCAUGAGGAUGAGGUGUUUGUCCUCGAGCCUCAUCCAUUUGAUCCAAGAAUCCUUUUCUCAGCUGGGCACGAUGGGAACUGCAUCGUUUGGGACCUGGCUAGAGGAGUGAAGAUCCGCUCUUAUUUCAACAUGAUUGAAGGCCAGGGACAUGGAGCGUUGUUUGACUGCAAAUGUAGUCCUGAUGGGCAGCACUUUGCAGCCACCGAUUCCCACGGUCAUCUGCUCAUCUUUGGCUUUGGCUCCAGCAGCAAAUAUGACAAGAUAGCGGACCAGAUGUUUUUCCACACUGACUACCGGCCUCUUAUCCGAGAUGCCAAUAACUACGUUCUUGACGAGCAGACUCAGCAGGCACCUCACCUGAUGCCCCCCCCCUUCUUGGUGGACGUGGACGGGAACCCCCACCACCCUAGAUACCAGCGGCUGGUGCCUGGCAGGGAGGGCUGCCGGGAUGAGCAGCUGAUACCUCAGAUGGGGGUCACUUCCUCUGGCCUGAACCAGGUGGUGAGUGAGCAGGCGGUGGACGGUUCGAGUCCUCUGGAUACCAUGAUUCAGAGGCUGCAGCAGGAACAGGACCAAAGGAUGGGAACGAAUGAUGCCUCUGUUUCACCAGCAUCUGGACCAAACAACAGGGCCAGCAGAGGAUCUGUUGGCUCUCCAACUGAGGUACACUCCCCUCCCAAUGUUGGUCUCCGACGCAGCGGCCAGAUCGAGGGCGUCCGCCAGAUGCACAGCAACGCCCCCCGGAGCCAGAUGGCCACGGAGGGAGACCUGGUGGCCUGGAGCCGCAGGGUGCUGGUUCCUGAGCUGGAGGAUGCCUCUGUCAGGAAACAAGUGACCUGGCGUGAGGCUAAAGGAUAUGAGGAGAUCAAUAUUUAUCAGUCAGAAAGGAGGAGACGCACAAUCCACUCGCUCCCCAAGGAGAGCAGGGUUCAUCCGACAUCAGAGUGUGCGGUAGACGAAGGAAGGAAGAGUCAGGGGAACCACGGCUAUCAAACCCGCGCUGCCAUGGAGGAGACGAGCCGUCAGAGUGCAGAGGCUGCUGAUGACGAUGAUAGCACCUCAGAGGGAGAAGUGGAGGUCCGGCAAAUUAACGGAUACUCCUCAGAGGAGGAAAAGAACGAUGAGGAAAAGGAGCCCUGGCCAGAUGAGCAUAGCAGCUCAAGCGAUUACUCCAGCGAUUACUCUGACUGGACAGCAGAUGCCGGCAUCAACCUGGAGCCGCCCAAGAAGAGCGUGAAAGUGAAAAAGAAAAACAGCGGCUCAGAGGAGGAUGGGGACAAGAAGAGGGAGGGAAAGAAGGAGAAGAAGAAAGAGAAAGCAGACAAAGAUGGUGCAUUACCAAAGAAGAAGAAACCAAAGGAGAAGAGGAAGAGGAAUGAAUUUCAGGAGCAAGGGUUGACGUUGGAGGAAUGGCUUCCCUCCGCCUGGAUCACAGACACAGUCCCCCGGAGAUGUCCUUACAUACCUCAGAUGGGAGAUGAGGUGUACUACUUCCGGCAGGGUCAUGAAGCUUAUGUGGAAAUGGCCAAACAAAAAAAGAUUUUCAGCAUCAACCCUAAGAAACAGCCCUGGCACAAGAUGGAGCUACGGGAGCAGGAAUUAAUGAAGAUAGUUGGCAUCAAAUAUGAGGUGGGUUUACCCACACUAUGCUGCCUGAAGCUUGCCUUUUUGGACCCGGACACAGGAAAGCUGACCGGAGGCUCCUUCUCCAUGAAGUACCAUGACAUGCCUGAUGUUAUUGACUUCUUGGUGUUGCGGCAGCAGUUUGACAAUGGUAGAAGAAGGCAGUGGACUAUAGGUGACAGGUUUCGGUCAGUGAUAGAUGACGCCUGGUGGUUUGGGACCAUUGAGAGUCAGGAGCCCUACCAGCCCCAGUAUCCGGACAGCUUGUUCCAGUGCUACAAUGUCUGCUGGGAUAAUGGUGACACAGAGAAGAUGAGCCCGUGGGACAUGGAGCCCAUCCCCGACGACGCCACGUUUCCUGAUGAGUUGGGCACGAGUGUCCCGCUGACAGAAGACGAGCAGAAAGAUUUGCUGUACGUCCCACAGGACGGUGAAUGGGGCUGCCGCACACGUGCAGAGGAGUGCGACCGCAUCAUCAAAGCCAUCGACCAGCUCUGUAUACUCGAUGUGGCGGCACCAUUUGCCUUCCCAGUAGAUUUACAGGCGUACCCGACAUACUGCACAGUCGUGGCCUACGUCACCGAUCUCAGCACUAUACGUGAAAGGCUGGUGAAUCGCUUCUACAGGCGUCUUUCCUCUUUAAUGUGGGAGGUGCGUUAUAUAGAACACAACGCCCAAACGUUCAACGAGCCAGGAUCCUUCAUCGUCACAACUGCCAAGUUUGUGUCUGACCUCAUGCUGGCAUUCAUUAAGGACCAAAGUCUCACAGAUCUCAAGCCUCUGUACAAAACCAUGAAGAAGGCCACCUUCUCUGACUCUGAAGACGAGGACGAUGAGGAGGAUGAUGAUGAAGAUAUUAAUACUCCAGGAACAUCAACUCGAAACCAUAAGAGCCGUCAGCCCAUGCAGCGCCAGCUACGGACCCGGCCUCGUUCUUAUGAUCCUCAUGCUUGGAAAGGACGCUGUAAGGAACUUCUGGACCUUAUCUUUCAGUGUGAAGACUCAGAGCCCUUUAGGGAACCGGUGGACCUACAAGAGUACCCGGACUACCUGCAAAUAGUUGACUCUCCAAUGGACUUUGGCACAGUUCUAAAAAAGCUAACAGAAGGAAAUUACCCAUCUCCCAUUGAGCUCUGCAAGGAUGUCAGGCUUAUUUUCAGCAACUCCAAAGCUUACACCCCCAGUAAAAAGUCACGGAUAUACAGCAUGAGUCUUAGGCUUUCUGCGCUGUUUGAAGAGCAUAUCAGUGCCAUCCUGUCUGAUUACAAAGCAAUCCACGGCAUGACAGAUAAACUGACCAGACGAGGGACAGACAGGCAGAAACGACACACUGCAGACAGACAAACACGGCACACGACAAAGAGGAGGAGGAGCGAAUCACCCACAAGCAGCAACGCAUCCAGCCCAGAGAGGAAAAGACGAGUGUCAUCCAGGGUGACUGCCAAGAGGGAGCCAUCACCAGCUUCUUCACGGCCGCCGUCCCUCAGGCAGCAUGUCCCUCUGAAACAGACGCCUCAGCUGGUCAAUGGUAAAGUGGAUACUCCAGCUCCAGGACGGACGCGUAGUUCUGCACGCCACUUUGCACACUCCUCACCUCCUUCAUCAAAUAUCACUAAAAGCACUACAAGCACAGCAGAAUCUUCUCGCUCGCUGCGGGCUCAUAAUUCUGUGCGAGCGUCAACACCACCACUUCCUGAAAAGGUCCCACCCCCCCCACCAGCAGAGAGUAGCAGUGGAAGCACUCGUCGGAAACUCAGGACGCCUGUGCGACAUACACCCGGUUCUCCUUCCAGCCCCUCAACUCAAGGCACGGCACAUCUGAACGGCCACAGCAGUCACAUGACCCUCGGCGUGGGAAGAAGGGGAAGAAGGUCCAGAAUGGACUCACCAGUGAGUCCUCCAGAAGUCCCAACUCCGGCCAGCCCCUCAAGACCCCGAGGUCGCCCGCCUGGCAAGAAGAAGGGCAAAAAAAGCAAGCAGGAACAGGAGGAGAUGAGACGGAGUGGAAGUCGUAGGAGCUCCACUCCUGACGAUGAGCAGGAGCACUCCACAGGGGACGAAGGCGGUACAUCUUCCGCCCCAGAAACCUCAGCACCGUCAGACUCCGGCAUGGCGUCGACACCUAGACGACGAGGCCGACCUCGGAUAGUAAAAACUAAGGAAUCAACUCCUCCUGCUGAGUCACCUGAGCCCUCUCCACUGAGAAGGAGCAGCAGGAGAACCAAUGAAGAGGCCACGCCUCAUCUUCAGACUGCCCCUCAGCGAUCCAGUCGGAAAGAGACUGUAAAGGAGGAGGCUGGAGACGGGGCAAUAGGGGCCAUGCGCACACGUAACCAAGGAAGGCGGUCGGCCUGGUACAUGGAAGAGGACUCUGAGGAGGAGCAGAGGCAGUUGCUGUUCGAGGACUCAUCAAUCACCUUUGGAACGUCCUCAAAGGGGCGCGUCCGCAAACUGACAGAAAAGGCCAAAGCCAAUCUUAUAGGCUGGUAAAGAACAUAUGCACGAGCUUGAGUGCUCAGAGGGCUGAGAGAUCCCGACGGGAUUUCAGAUCGGAUGCUUUGGAAGUGGAGGCUCACAGCUGCAGUUAGCUGGAGCUGCGGAGAGAAAACUGUGCCGUUACCUGUUCCCGUUCUCGUCGUUGACCCCACCUUCCUCUCUGCCCACUAAGCACUUCAGCACUGCAUGUUCAUAUGCUCCCACAUCUCCUAUUCUAUUGAUCCAUGUUGGAUCCCACAGGAGCACACAGAAUCUCUCUCUGUGAAGGCGGUAUUUCUCACGUUGUCUGGCGAACCUCUCCUCUGCCUGACCUUAAACACAGUUUGGAGUCAGAUUGGGCCAAGAAGUCAAACCUACAUAGACAACUGGCCUAAGACCACCUAUUCUCCCCCUAACUUCAUCCUGUCUGUUUUUUAUACAACCUUUUCAUUGCUCUUUCUAAAUGUUCUUGUGAUCGUUCCUCUGAUUUGGAAGUCUUACACAUUGGCUGAGCUGAGCGUGUCUGUCUGUGCUAAAAUACCAAAUGGCGUACCUUUGUUGGUACUGUACAUCUGUACAUUUUGUGUACUGUUAAUGUGGUUUUGUUAUUUUCUGCAUGUUAAUUAGAAAGAGGAAGCAUCUUCUUCCUGAAAGCUGUUUUUACUGUGAGGCGGAUAAAAACGAUGCAUGAAUGAGAGGAGUCAUUCAUGCGUCUUUAUAUCAUGUCUGAAUGCGUCUUCUGCAUUAGCAAUACCUUGUGCCUUUACGUGUAAGGUGUGUGGGUGUGUGCGUACAUGUGCUAAGCCUCUACAUGUGCCUGUCUGUCUACAAACUAGCGUUUUGGCUACUGCAAGUACAGCUCUGGUCAUACGUUUGCAUACAAUCAUCACUGGUCUGAAUUUCAUCUUAUGGGGAUUUUAUUAAGCAUUUGAACUGUUUAUAUUCUGGGGUGAAAUGAUGAAUUAAGAUACAACUUCAGUUAAUUUUAAAAACAAGAAUUUGGGGCACAAUUUCCAUUUUUUGUACAUACACCCUGACUAAUAUUUGUAUAAAUGUUCAGUCUGCACCCUUCUUGUAGCUAUCAGCAAGCUUCUGGCUGGCUGUUUGGUUUCCCGCCACAGACACGGAUUUUAAGGACAGUCCGUAAAACUUUGAAAUGGUCGGGGACAUUCCAGAAGGUUGAUUUUUAGCUUAAUUUAUCAACUCAAAACCCAUUUCAGAUGUGUGUCUGGGAUCAUUGACCUGUUGGCAUCUUCAGUGGUGCCCAGCAUUCACUUAUCUGCCAAAAUGUAACCUCAGAUGAAAAAAUAGAAACCUCAAUCAAAAGCUCCAAGCAAUGCGGACAUUUAGAGCUACCCACAUGGAUCAGCCAAAUGUCUUCCGGAGAAAGGUUUUAUAGACAGAUGAACUGUUCGGUCACAGGGACAAGAAGAAUGUUUCCUUUAGACCUGAGAACAAUGUUUCAGCUGUUAAGCACGGUCGCGGCAGCAUCAUGCUGAGAAUCUGUUUUGCUGCCAGUCAUACUUAUGGAUGAGAUAUUGAAGAAAGUGGGUUGUCCUUCCAGCUUCCCCUCAAAUCAACAGCUACAGUUAAGGCCAAACAUAUUCAUACCCCAAACAGGCUUAGAUUCAUGUCACCAAGAAGCUUGUUUUUAACAGGAAAUGAGACAGACUUCACUCAAAAGGUAAUAAAACAAGAUUAAAGGAGUAUCCAUUACUUACAUUAUCUUGAAAAAUGGAAAGUAUUAAUGCCCUUCUCUAUAAUCAGUGGAGAAAUCUUGAUUGGCAUUAAAGCACCCAAACCUUCUCAUAAUUGCUGAGCAGCUUCUGAGAAGCUCCUCAUCAUCACCCUAAUCUUUAGCUCUCUCCACAGAUUGUCUUGCAGAUUCAAGUCAGGACUUUGGCUGGACCACUGCAAAAUGUUACUUCUACUUCCAGUCAGAAGAAAUAAGUUGGUUAAAUUAAAAGAUUACAUUAACCCUGAAUCUACCAGGGGUAUGCAUAAUUUUGGGCCUGAUUGUACAGUUGGAACUGGGACACAUCUGGCUGCUCCAGCAGAAGAAUGGUCCCAAACACACACCAAAGCUGGCUUUGGAAUGGAUCAAUCAGGCUUCAGGGAAGACCCUUUAAAAACUUUAUGAACUUUGGGUGGUGGGGGCAUUUCACUAAACAUCAGUGGGAUGAAUGCACAUAGUUUGUUUGACAAUAAAGUUCAACUUUAUUCAUGCCCAUCAUGACUGGAUGCAAACAUCUGACGGUGUAACAGAAGGAGGGGUUUGUGUGUGUGUGUGUGUGUGUGUUUAUAACAUACGCGAGUGCAGGCUUUACUUGGCGCGUACAAACAGUGGCAUACAGUUUGAUCAUUGUAAAACCUCUCAAAAAGAAACGUAUUUAGAGAAGCUGUUGUAAACCUAUCACAGUUCACGUCGGUGUAUCGUUCUAUAACCAACCCAUCGUCUGGUUACACCUGAGGUACGGGGCGGGGAGGGUGCCUAGCUUUGAGACGCACUUACCACAAGCUGGUUAUCAAGGAAGUCUUAGCUAGUAACUGUUUGUAUUUCUAAAAUAAGCUUUUGAAAAUGUUGAGAUGCUUCUAUGAUGACUGCAUUCACAUUUCACAUGCAACCCUGUCUCGCAUGUUCUAGCACUUUCUCAUAAUUUGGAAAGCAAGAAAGGGGGGCGUGGGGUAGGGGCAUGAAACCGAAUCAAACUGCAUUUGAUGGAAAAUAACUUCACCUUUCUGAUAGUGUGCCUUUGCUACUCUGGCAUAUUGAGUCUUCUGUUUUCCCUUAUGGGGCUUUUUUUAUGUUUGGACAUCCUGUUUCUGCUCUUCGCUAUGUUUAGAGAACUGGACUUCGGGUUUCAUGGAGAAAAAAAAAACAUUCUGAUAAUGCACUCUCUUUUUACUACACGCAAUCGGUACCGAGUUUAUAAAGAUGCCUCUGUUCCUGGUGUUUUAUUUUUUUCUCCCCCAGCACAGAGGAAGUGAAUGCCAAAAUCUGCAAGUUUCAUCAUGCGUUGUGGGACCGACUGGAUGCCAGCAUCUAUAUACACCUGGUUCAUCUCUUAGCUCACAUAUUACUGAACAUAUAUCCUAUCUGUUUCUCAUUGUUUGUUAAAAAUUGGUUUGUCAAUGCCAAAUUCUGUCUGUGGGCACUGAAGUUUUAGAACAUGGCUUUUGAAUGUGUUUUCUAACUAACUUUUAUUGUCUCCACUGUGGAUGUUCAUUUAUGUAUGAUGUGUGUUAACCCGUCUUCUGUUUGUGUCCCUGCCAUAUAAGAUGAUAUAUCAGGGGAUCGAUCCAUGGAGAUAGAAUGAUGCUUUAUGCUCUGCCACACAUAUAUUUGAGGAUAUAAUUACAUAAAAAAAAAAAAAUAAUGUCCAUAUAAAAGUUUUUAAGUCUAUAAUGGCCAAAAAUAGUGUGUUUUCCUCAGCACGAGAAGAGAAGAAAUAUCUUUUAUGAUUGAGGUUUAAAUCUUUACCCAUAAAAAAAAAAUAUUUAUCUUGAAGGCAACAUUUUGUUGGCUUUAAGUGUUUAUUCAUAGCUUUUUGUUUCUAACUUCAUUUUAAAAGCACUUUAUGUGCACAUAAACCUUUUGGAUUAUUUUUUAAUCCAAAUCUACGUUAGUACAUUAGACAGAUUUAUAAAAAUCUCUUGGUACCCCUGGUAAAGAUGUGUAAAACAAAAAAAUACAAAAAACCUUAUUAAUACAUUCAUCUAUUGUUGCAGUAGCAUCAUCUCACACUGAAUACCGCCUUUAAUCUGAGUACAUUUAUUCAGUGGGGUGGGGGGUGGCCUGCAAUUGUUGGAGCCAUUACUUUGCCAAUAGGACACAGCCCCGCUUUUUAGGUUCUGUGACAUUUCACAAGGUUGAUGCAGACAGCGAGAGGGACUUCGUUCCUCUAUGCAUAACCUCCCUAGAUCGUCCAGAGUCCUUGCUUUAUGCUCUUUUUAGCUCACCAUGCCUGUUUUCUAUAGGAUUUAGGUCUGGGAUGUUGUUGGGAAUGAAUCAUUUCUGUGUUCAACUGGACAAAUUUUGGCCCCUUUUCAGUUUACUGGCACAUGCCACCAGAUUUUUAUUUCAAAUGUCCUGGUAUUUCCAUUCACUCUAGCAAGGAUUCCUUUGCACAAGAAUAUGGCCCACAGCAUUACACAUCCUCCACCAUACCCAAGAGGGGUCUUUGGAUAGUUUCCAGAUAUUCGUCCUUUGGUUCAUUCCCAUCGCACCUGAAGUGUCUGAUGAUGAAAAGCUCCAUUUUAGCACCGUCUGACCAAAGCGCAUAGUUCCAAUUAAAGCCCAAGUAGAUAUUGGCAAACCUUACAUAUUUAUGUUUGUGAUGGUUGGAUAAAAUUGAAGCUUUUUUUCUUCUGGCUACACUCCCAAGUUACAUGGUUGUUAUUUAAUUUCCCUUUGGGAUUAAUAAAGUAUUUUUGAAUUGAAUUGAAUUGAAGAUCAGAUGCAGGAAACAGGACCAAAUAAUAUACCAUCCCUGAUUGUUUUCCUUCUAAAUGAAUGCACACAAAAUAAAGGAUGUAUUUUUAGAUUGUUCUGUGAGAUUAUACUCCUCCAAUAAAAGCUGAACCUAUCUUAAGCUUUUCAUCCAUCUUUACUGGGGGGACAACCAAUUAAUCUGCCUCUGCAGGGAUUAACUAAUGUACUGACCCAGAGUUAUUUACACUGAGAUAUGGGGUCACCUUUACAUUUACCCUUAAAAGAUGGCUGUUUGGUGUAACCACCAUGAACUGUUAUGACACAGAGGCAGCCAGCACCUUCACAGCUCCUAAAGUAUCCCAAAUAAAUACAGCUAUAUACAGGAAUAGUUUUUUAUCAGUUCUACAGUCAUGGAGGGUCACAAUAUUAUUGCAUUUAAGAUGUAUUAUUAUUUUUUUAAUCCCUGGUUCACCAGUUCAGAGCUGCUCUGUAUUUGUGGUUUCAUGAGAACUUGCAUGUAUUCAGUGUGAGCCUCUGUAAAUGUGUGGCAGAGUUAUGCUGCGUGUGGCGCCUGGCUGAAGCAUCAGUGUUUGGUCAGUGUGUGUGUGUGUGAGAGAGAGCGAGCGAGCGAGAGAGAAGUGGCUUUAUGUGAGCCACCAGGAAGCAUUAUGAGAUGUUCUAAAUUUGAGGUUUUAUGGAGCUGUUGGAGAAGAAAGGGGAGGGGGUAUCUUUUAUGUGAAUUUAUUGAUGACGUCUUUGUUAGUUUGGAUACUUUUUAUAAAUAAAGGAAGUCAUGCAAAAAAAAAAAGCAUAAAGCUAGAAUGUAUGUGUAGGGGAGUACUACUGUCCUGUUAGUUCAUACCGAUAUUUUAAGUAAAUAAAACAGUUGUGUUUUCAUA